AUGGCGCUCAUCCAGACCAGCCUCAUCUGGGUCGCCUACGCCGUAGCCGUCGGCAUCCUACUGGCAAUCGCCUCGGUCUUCGUCUUCGUCUACCAGACGCCCCGUGACCGCGCUGCCUCGGUCACCAUCGUGUGCAUCUUCACGACCCUCGCGCUGCUUGCGACUGUCCUGCUUAUCCCCGUCGACGUCGCCCUCGUUUCGUCCACCAGCCGCUCCAGCCUCGGCCGCAAGAAGGACUGGGCCACGCCCGAGAAGGUCCACGACAUCACCCACACCCUGCAGAUCGUCUACUAUCUGCUCUACUCGCUCGACGCCAUUCUCUGCCUGCUGGUCGUCCCCUUUACCUACUUCUACAAUGAGGAGUACGAUGAGGAUGCUGCUGAGCACGGCGAGCAGACAGUUGGCCAGAGGAUCCUGGGAGCAUUGAAGUACACCAUUGCGUUCCUCCUCUUCGUCGUCAUCAUCUUCCUCGUUGGCUUCUUUGUGCCCUUCGCAAAGCAGGCAAAGCACGACAAGGACAUGGACCUGGACUUCUUCAAGCACCUGCUCGCCGAGAACCAUGGCGAGCGCGCACUCUCAUUCGCCCUCGGGCUUCUCAUGACGAUCGGUACUAUCCUGUUCGUUCUCUACACUGGCGCCGGCAUGGCUCUUCUCCCCGUCGCCAUGAUCAAGUCUGCGCCCUCAAUCUCUGCGCCCACCCUCGCAGCCAAUACCGCAUCUCAGCUCGAGGCCAACCGCGAGCGCCAGAGGCAGCUCGAGGGCCGCGCUGAAGGUCGCCAAAACGGGCUGGAUGCUAGGGACAGACGUGAGCUGGAAGCUCUCAACCGCGAGGAGCGCACGCUCAUCCGCCGGGAGCGUCUCGCUGCCGAGUCCAGCGGUGAGGACCGACACCUUAUUGUCAAGACUUGGAUCAAGAUUGAGGCCGUCUUUCGACCUCUGAAGCUUGUCGGUGGAUUGAUUCUCAUGGUCUUCGCACUCUUCAUCUUCUCCAGUAUGCUCAUCACCAGCAUCGACAAGGCCAAGAACUCCAUCUGCGGCGCUCACUGCGGCUACAUCUUGGGCCACAUCAACAUCUUCCAGCCACUGAACUGGGUCCUUGUCAAGGCAUCUAAAGUCUUCCCAAUCGACUACGUCCUCUUCUUGCUCCUCACUUUGUUCCUCUUCUCUGCCUCUGUCGUCGGUAUCGCCACGGCCGGAAUCCGCUUCCUCUGGCUCACAAUCUUCAAGAUCCGCAAGGGCCACACCUCCCCUCAGGCCCUCCUCAUGGCCACCGUGCUGCUUACUCUCAUCGUUCUGGCCAUCAACUAUUCCGUAGCCAUGGUCGUUGCGCCCCAGUACGCCACCUUUGGCCCCCAAACCUACUGCGACCUACCAGUGAACCACGUUGGCGACCAACCCGACUGCUCUGAGCACAAGGAAGCCAUCAAGGCGUGCUCCGAACUCGCAGACAAUCCCGUCGCUCACGACGUCUGCACGCCUUCGGUACUCAGCACCUUCAUCAACCGCGUCACCAUCAACUUCCCCUUCUUCGGUGUUGUAUUGUUCUGGGCUCAAUUUGCCUUCUUGGGCGUCUACAUUGUCGUGUUCCUUACAACACUCUUCAAGGUGCCUAAGCUCGACCAGGAGCAGAUGGACCGCGAUCUGGAAGAGGAUGAGGAGGAGGGCCUGCUUGCUAGCACAGGCCGUAGGUUCGGCGCCACAUGGCAGGAUAUCACCGGCCGAUCGAAGAACAACUACGGCGCUGCCGAGUCCAGGAACGGCGGGCGCAGUGGCGAAGGAGAGGGCUUGCUAUAA